AUGUGGGUGGUGUGGCAUGUAGCUGCUGUGUGCGUGGUGGUCGUGUGUAGCAGCAGCCAAGAGACAAACACGGUCCUCCGGGUGACCAAGGAUGUGCUGAGCAAGGCCAUCUCGGGCACGCUGCAGCAGAGCAACGCUCUUCACUCGGCCCUGCGAGAAUUGCCCACGGGUGUUGGUGGUGUCCCCUACAAUGACUUCCAUUUCCGGGAGCGUCCCCCCCAAUACACUAAUGGCAAACAGCUUGGUGGAAAUUACAAAUAUGGUCACAUUGAGAGUAAUGACAACUCCGCUCAGCUGGGCGGCAAAUACCGCUAUGGCGAGAUCCUAGAGUCAGACGGCAGUGUCAGAGACCUGCGGCGCGGGGACGAGAGCGCCCCUGGCGGCCACCCGGGCCGGUACCGGUACCGGUCUGCAGAGGACAGGGUCCGCAGGCGCCGGGAGCUGCGGCCAGGGGAGAUCCCCGCGGGGGUGGCCACCGGGGCGCUCGGCUCUGGCGGCUUGCUGGGCUCUGGGGGCAUCCUAGCCAAUGAGGGCAUCCUGGGGAGCCAAGGCGGCCUGCUCGGCGGAGGUGGUGCCCUCGGCGAGGGAGGCCUGCUCGGAAACGGAGGCCUCCUGGGGCUGCUCGGCGAAGGUGGCCUCAUCAGCACUGUGCAGGGUAUCACCGGGCUGCGCAUCAUGGAGCUGACCCUGCCCCGGGUGUCCGUGCGGCUCCUGCCUGGUGUGGGUGUUUACCUGAACCUGUACACCCGUGUGGCCAUCAGCGGGAAGAGUCUCAUUGGUUUCCUGGACAUCUCAGUGGAGGUGAACAUCUCAGCCAAGGUCCGGCUGACCAUGGACCGCACCGGUUAUCCACGGCUGGUCAUCGAGAGGUGUGACACCCUACUGGGGGGCAUCAAAGUCAAGCUGCUGCGAGGGCUUCUCCCUAACGUUGUGGACAACUUAGUAAACCGAGUCCUGGCCAACGUGCUCCCUGACUUGCUCUGCCCUAUCGUGGAUGUGGUGCUGGGUCUCGUCAAUGACCAGUUGGGUCUCGUGGACUCUCUGAUUCCACUGGGCAUUCUGGGAAGUGUGCAGUAUACAUUCUCCAGCCUUCCGUUGGUGACCGGCGAGUUCCUGGAGCUGGACCUCAACACUCUGGUUUCGGAAGCAGGAGGAGAUCUCAUUGACUACCCCUUGGGCCGGCCUGCUAUGUCACCCAGACCACAGAUGCCAGAGCUGCCCCCCAUGGGCGACAACACCAACUCUCAGUUGGGCAUCUCAGCUAACUUCCUGGGCAAGGUGCUGACUAUGUUGCAGAAGGAAGGGGCCCUAAACAUCGACAUCACCGACGGCAUGUUUGAUGAGCUUCCUCCGCUUACCACGUCCACGCUUGGGGCCCUGAUUCCCAAGGUGUUCCAGCAGUACCCUGAGUCCCGCCCGCUCACCAUCAGGAUCCAGGUGCCCAACCCGCCAUCAGUGACGCUGCAGAAGGAUAAGGCAUUGGUGAAGGUGUUUGCCACCUCCGAGGUCGUGGUCUCUCAGCCCAAUGAUGUUGAGACCACCAUCUGCCUCAUUGAUGUGGACACCGACCUCUUGGCCUCAUUUUCUGUGGAAGGGGAUAAGCUGAUGAUUGACACCAAGCUGGACAAGACCAACCUCAACCUUAGAACCUCAAAUGUGGGCAACUUUGAUGUGAGCCUCUUGGAGGUGCUGGUUGAGAAGAUUUUUGACCUGGCAUUUAUGCCUGCAAUGAAUGCUGUGCUGGGUUCUGGGGUCCCUCUCCCCAAAAUCCUCAGCAUCGACUUCAGCAAUGCAGACAUCGAUGUCUUGGAGGACCUGCUGGUGCUGAGCACAUGAGUGACAAAGGCAGAGAUGCGGUCUGAAGGAACCAGAACCAGCCCUGGAGAGGCCUGGCCUGCACACAGUCCUUGGGCCUGGGUCUCUUCCGCCUCCAGGACAGGC